CCUGGCGCGGACCCGCCGAGGCAGCAGCGUUCCGCGGGGACGAGAGGGGGCCGCGUGAGCUAGGGCGCCUGGCAUGGGAAGGACGCCACCCUGGCAAGCCCAGCGCCGCCGCCGCCGCCUCCCCUUCGCCUCUCUGCGCGCGCUGGCACCCGGGAACGGCAGCAGCAGCCGCCCCUGAAGGGCAACGCCGCCGCCGCCGCCGAACUUCGGAGCCCGGACUGGUGUUCGCCGCCCCCCUUCCCAGCGUGGAAGUGCCGCGCGACCGCACUUUCCCUGCUUCGGAGCCGUGGAGGGGGGCGAAGCAGCCGCAGCUCCCCGUGGGGUAGCGCCGAGCCACGAGGCCCGCCGCGGGGUCGACCAUUCUGUGCUGGAGGAAUCCCGGGGACUCCUUCCCCAUGGAGGGCGAGGAGGAGCGGCGGGCUCGGCAAGAAGGACGCGCCAGCGACGUCCACAGGGUGGAUCCAUAUGGCUUUGAAAGGCCAGCUGACUUUGACUAUACAAGGUACGAAGAAUUCUUUUCCGGCUAUCUAGUGAUACUCACCAGAAGAGCAACUAAGUGGUCCAAACUUUUAAAGGGAAAUAAUGGCUUACCAAAAAGUUUAAAAGUGAAACGCUACAUCAGAAAAGGCAUUCCAAAUGAGCAUCGCGCAGUAGUCUGGAUGGUUGUGAGUGGUGCCCAGGCUCACAUGGAACAAAACCCUGGAUACUACCAGAAAUUACUUGAAGGAGAGAAAAAUGACAAGUUGGUGGACACAAUUAAGACAGAUAUGAACAGAACAUUUCCAGAUAACAUACGGUUUCGCAAAACUGCUGAUCCCUGUUUACAGAAGACACUCUACAAUGUAUUAGUGGCAUAUGGGCACCAUAAUAAAUCUGUGGGAUACUGUCAGGGCAUGAACUUCAUCGCUGGAUACUUGAUUCUUAUUACAAAAAAUGAGGAGGAGUCUUUUUGGUUGUUAGAUGCUCUCAUUGGCCGAAUAUUACCAGAUUAUUAUAGUCCAGAAAUGAUGGGCUUGAAAACGGAUCAAGAAGUGCUGGGAGAACUUGUGAGAAUGAAAAUACCGGCCAUCGCAGAAUUGAUGGACAGACAUGGCGUGAUGUGGACGUUGGUGGUCUCCCGUUGGUUUAUCUGCUUGUUCAUUGACAUUCUUCCCGUAGAGACUGUACUUCGAAUUUGGGACUGCUUGUUCUAUGAGGGAUCCAAAAUAAUCUUUCGUGUGGCCUUAACAUUAAUUAAGCAACAUCAAGCUUUCAUUUUGGAAGCCAACAACUUCCCGGACAUCUGUGAUAAAUUUAAGGAGAUCACCAAAGGUCCAUUUGUAACAGAGUGUCAUACUUUCAUGCAGAAAAUAUUUACAGAUCCCGGAAGUCUGCGGAUGGCUACCGUAAACAAACUUCGAGAGACGUGUAGAGAAAAGCUGAUUGCUCAGAGAUAAAUUGGACAAUAUUUAAAAACAACCCACUGCAAAGGUGGGCACAUUCCUUCAUUGCACUAAAUCAUGCACAAUUUCCACAGACUCAGUGAGUGCUGACUGGCACUUGACCAAUUCUUUCCAGCCUUUUCAAGUAAGUCUUGUAAACUGGAUAACUUGUUUUUUUUAUCUGUAUAAAUAAAAUGUGAUCAGUGUGGUGUUCAAUUC